AAAAAAUAUUAUAUAGAAUCUUAAAAAAUUAAAUUAAAAAAUCAUUUUAAUAAUUACGAGAAAAGGAAAAAUUCAGAAAAAAUUUCUAAUCAAGAAAAGUUGAAAAGCACUCAUUAAAAAAUUGAAAAUCAAUUUUGAAAAUUCGUAACCCUGUCAAAUACUGACUGAUACAGAUAUUUUAAGUUUUAACUUGCAAUUUAUAAAAAGAAUUUUACACUAAAUCACGAUCAUGAAUGAAAAACAUACUUUUUGUUACACAUGUUUAUCGAGUAUUAUUGCUAUUUUUAUAUUAAUUUAUUCUAGCAGUCCAAAACUGAUGAUGAAAGUUGAUAAUGACAGUGAUUUUCCAGAUACUAUAAAAUAUGUCAAAAUACAAUCAAAGAAAUAUCAUCCUCAAGUGGAGAAUUUAGUUCUUUUUAUUGUUGAUGAUUUUGAAGUGGAAGAUUUAAAUGAUUCAAAUUUACCUUACAUUACAAAACUCAUUCAAAAUAGAACUGGUUGUUUAUUAAAUUAUAAAAUUCAACCAUUUUCGACUGCAAAACAAAAACUAAAGACAUUAAUAACAGGCUCACCAAUUGGAUUCUUAAAUAAUAUUCUGUCAGUAAAUGAUGAAUUCCCAGCAAGUGAUACUAUUUUUCAUUCGGCGAUCAAUGAAAAGAAUUUGAAAAUCUUCUUUCAUAGUUUGAACACAAAUUUUAAUUUAUUUUCCGAUUAUGAGAAUAUCGAUAAAUCUGGAAUUGUUGAAUAUUAUCUUAACAAACAAAUUAUUAUUAAAAAAGACUGGUUGGUAUUUUAUUUUCAAGCUUCGAAAAAUAUGGAUUAUUCAAGUCAUAAUAUGAAAGUUGUGAAAACAAAUAAUUUACAUUAUUUAGAUGGUUUUAUUAAAUUUCUUCACGUUGCCUUCUCAAAUAAUAGGAAGUAUAAAAUUUUAAUAAUUGGCAAUUCUGGUACUAGACUUUUGGGAAAUGAUAUUAAGAAAAAUCACAAUUUUGGUCCCCUUGUUAUGAUUCAAAACGAACAUUGUGUGUCUCAGAACUUUCAGAAAUACUUAGAGGAAUAUGAUUUAACACCUAUAAUAUCUAUUUGGACUGGUUUAAAAAUUCCUUCCUCAAGUUAUGGAACCAUAGAUCCAAAUUUUUUAUCUACUUUUACAUUGUCUGAGAAAAUUUAUGCCAUGUAUUCUAAUACUAAAAAAUUAUUUCUGAAUUUAUUAAAUUCAAAGGCGACAAAGUACAUUAAUUCGUUGAUUCCAAUUUUUCAACAAACUUUGAUCAAUCAUGAAGAAUAUUUACAAAAUGAUGAAAAAAAUGUAACUGCUGGGGAAAUGAUUUUGAAACUUUACGAAAAUUUAAUGAAUUCUUUUUCACAAAUUAUUCAUGAUAUUCGAAUGCAACGAAAUGCUUCUAUUCAGUUUUUGGCAUUUAUUCUCCUAAUCGAGGCUCUGGUAUUAAUAUUGAAUAAAUCAUGUACAAAGAAGAAUCUCAAAAAUUUUGCUUGUACAUUUGGAAUUCACGUUAUUUUAGUCGCAUUUGUCCUGUCGCUAGGAAUUUUAAGAAGAGUUACGUCUUUUAUAUCAAUGACAAAAGAAGAAGCCAUUGUACUCACAAUUAUUGGAAUAAUUAUGAUUUGUAAUUCUUUUAUUCUUGGAAAACAAGAAAAUUUUCUUUCAGUUUUCUUCUCGAUUUUAAUAGCAAAAGCAAAAAAAUCGAAGGAAACAUUAAGGACUUUAUCGUCGACAAUUGAUCUUCCUGUUGGUGCAAAAAAACAGACUAUCUUUAUGAUUCUACUAUUUGGAACUAUUUUACAAUCAUUCAGUUUAUUACAAAUUAAUUUCAUCAAAUGGGAAAAAAAUAUUUGGUUUUUUCUUUGGACUAGCAUUUGUUUUUGGAUAAUUAUCAAGAAAUUGAAAAUAUUACAUGAAAAUGUAUUUUCCACGAAUCGAAAUGAUAGAGAAAAAUUCAAAAAUUGUCAAAGUGAAAUAUCAAUAAUUUCUUCACUUGUCAUCAUGCACAGAAUUAUUUUAUGCUAUUCGCAAAUCGAACAGUGGUUACAAUAUUCGCUAAAUUGUGCUUCUCUGUGUUUGCUCUUUGGUCUUAUAAUACUUGCUUUUGUGUGCAAAAUUUGCUAUGAACCAUUUUCCAAUAAAUGGGAGAAAAUCACAAUUUCUCUUUACCUUGUAUUUAUAAUUUGUGCUAUUUAUGCAUUAAAAGUUGCCGAAGGAAAAGCUACGUUUUAUUUUUUCUCAAUUUCGAGCACUGGUGAAAUAGAAUUGAUAUUAUUUUGGAGUGGAUAUUGUUUUGGUUUAAUAUGCGGUCUUGUUGUGUCGACAAUGAAAACUUGUGUUGGAAGAAAAUCAAGUGCAAAUAAAUUAAUAGCUUUUUUAAUUACAUAUUGUUCGAUGUUUAUGGCUAUGGAAAAAAGUGUUCCAAAUGUUAUUUUAAUAUCAAUGCAAAUCCUAUACAGUUUGACAUUAAUUGAUAUUCUAAAACAAGACAAAACCAGUCUUAUUUUAUUACAUGUCUGGCUUGGACAUUUGUUUUACAAUUAUCAGCAAAAUUACAUCGUCAAUGCAGAUGAUAUACAACAAGUAAUCAAUAAUCUGUUUUCAUUGGAUUUUAAUUUAAUUACCUAUGGAUUAACAUCAAUUGUGAAUCAAUUUUCUGCAUAUUUUUUGGCUUAUUUUCUUUGCAUUUAUGGACAGCUAAAUUACAAUCUGAGAAUGUCUGAAAGCGUAUCGAGAAUAAAUAAAAUAUUUAUGAGCUGUCAAUUAAUGAUAAUUAUUAUUUAUUCAUUGGGAAUAAUGUUUCGAUCUCCAACUGAAUGGUCCUGGACAUUUAUUUACCUGAAAUUUCUUUACGAAGUGAUUUAUAUAAUAUUAAUAAUUUUAAUAUCAUUAGGAGUUCAAACUGUCGCUAGUUUACAUGAUAUUAUUGUAACAUCUUCAUUUUCUCCAAAUAUUGUAUAAAUUUUCAAUAAAGAUCUAAAUUUUCUUGUUUAAA